AUGAAAGAUAAAUCGGACUGGUUCUUGCCUCUAGUUAACGUGCACAACCUCAUGAAGGCAGACGCUAAGAUAUCGAAAGAAGCGAAAGAAAUGGUGCAAGAAUGCGUCUCGGAGUACUUUAUCUCACUUGUAACUGGAGAGGCCGCCGACAUGGUCGUCAGAAAAAAACGGACUGUUAUCAACGGCGACGAUCUGUUGUGGGCCAUUAGUACCGCAGGAUUCGAGAAUUACGUAGAACCCCUUACAUUCUAUCUCAAUAAAUACCGCGAGGUAGAAAAAGAGAACAAGGCAGAGUGGUGGAGGAGGAGGAGGACCGACGAUGAUGAUGAAUAUGAUGGAAGGACCGAUGAUGAUGAUGAUGAAUAUGAGGGAGCAGAAACAACAGCAGAGAGGAUCGAUGAUGAAUUAUAUGGGGGAGCAGCAGCAGCACCAGGGAGGACCGAUGAUGAUGAAUAUGAGGGAGCAGCAACAUCACCAGGGAGAACCAUUAUUGAUGAUGAUGGGCCAGCAGCAGCAGCAGUAGCAACACCAGGGAGGGCCGAUGAAGAUGAUGAUGGGGGAGCAGCAGCAUCAGGGAGAACCGAUGAUGAAUAUGGGGGAGCAGCAGAACCUGCAGGGAGGACCCAUGAUGAUGGAGCACGAGAUGCUGCAGCAGGGAGAACCAUUGAUCGAUGUUGA